CACUACUAUUAUAAUAUCACACCACCUCUAAUUGCUGACUUUGUGCGGAAUCGACGAAAUUCGGAAAUUUUUAAGAAACGCAAGAUGGAAGUUGACGAGGAAGAAUUCGAGGUUCCCUCCAGCAGCAGUAAGGGCGAAAAGAAACGAUUUGAAGUGAAAAAGGUAAAUUGCCGCAUUCGGCAUCAAAAAACAGUAAAGAUUUUAUGCAAUUUCUGCAUCGUCACGGCGGCGCGGCGUGUCACUAAUUUUUGUAAAUUCUUCCUUUUGUUUCCAAACAAAUUUCAGUGGAAUGCAGUGGCACUAUGGGCUUGGGAUAUCGUUGUUGACAAUUGCGCCAUUUGCCGCAAUCACAUCAUGGACCUAUGCAUCGAGUGCCAAGCGAAUCAAGCAUCGGCAACUAGCGAGGAGUGUACGGUGGCCUGGGGCGUUUGCAAUCAUGCCUUCCACUUCCAUUGCAUUUCCCGUUGGCUGAAGACGCGUCAAGUGUGCCCGCUCGACAAUCGUGAAUGGGAUUUCCAGAAGUAUGGACAUUAAUAAGAACUGGAUGAUGACGAAAACGCACAGCCAUCCCACAAAAUACUGAUGCGCUGAUCACUCUCCUCUAGCAUUGCAUUGCAUUGUUAUGGGAGUUAUUUAUUCGCUGUCUCCACUCAUUGUACUUCACACACACACACACUCACCAAAACACAUACACCCACACAAAACAUAUUUUUAAGGUUGAAUGCGAAACUUACUAUUCAGUAAAGUAGAAAUCUAAAUGAAAAACUAAAUAAAAAAAAAUGCUUUGCAUUUAA